AUGCGAGCAGCACUCAUCUCCUUGGUGCGCAAUGAAGAUCUACAGGGUAUCGUCUCAUCCAUGCGACAACUUGAAGCCGUUUGGAACUCCAAAUAUAACUAUCCUUGGAUAUUCUUCAACAACGUGCCUUUUACCGAGGAAUUCAAGAAGAGAACCCAGGCAGAGACAAAAGCAGAAUGUAGAUACGAGCUGAUUCCUACCGAACACUGGGAGAUACCAGACUGGAUCGAUCCCACAAAGCUGAACAACUCUAUACGGAACAUGGAACUAAAAGGAGUGAAAUACGCUUCUGAAUUAAGCUACCACCAAAUGUGUCGGUGGUUUUCGGGGUUUUUCUAUCGCCAUCCUGCACUCAACGACAUUCGGUACUACUGGCGUGUUGAGCCCAAUGUCAAGUUCUUUUGUGACAUAGACUAUGACGUCUUUCGUUACAUAGGGGACAAUAAUAUAACUUACGGCUUUACUAUAAACAUCUACGAUGAUCCCAAUACGUUACCGUCGCUCUGGCCUGAGACGAUGAACUUCACGUCAAAGCAUCCGGAGUACCUCAAUCCAAGCAAUUCGCUCGAUUGGCUGACAGACAGCUCGUUAAGACCUGACAAGCACAUGAUAGCCAAUGGUUACAGCACCUGUCAUUUCUGGAGCAACUUUGAGAUUGGCGAUUUACAGUUCUGGCGUAGUCCGGCAUACGGGGCCUACUUCGACCAUUUAGAUCGUGCGGGCGGAUUCUUCUACGAGAGGUGGGGCGAUGCUCCUGUCCAUAGCAUUGCCUUGGGUUUGUUCGAGGAUAACUCCAGAAUCCAUUGGUUUCGAGACAUUGGAUAUCAACACACCGUCUUUAGCAAUUGUCCUGACUCCCCGAAAUGUACUGGUUGUCGGAAAAACCGCUUGGCGCCGGUAACAUUUUGGUUGAACGGGGAAGACUGCCGAGUCAAUUGGUUCCGUCAAGUCUGUAAAAGUGACCAAAGCAACCAGAGGCAUUCGAACUUGUGUUUAGAUUAUAACUAG